AGAUUCGAGCAGCAUAGCAUAAGACCCGACAUCUCAAAUACCUAGGUACGCUAGUGUACCUAAGUACCGAGGUCAGGGGUACACUUCCAAAGCGCCAUAGGAACCAGCCAGGAAACUUUACCUACCUAAGACGGCUAGAUCGAGAAAAAAAAGGGUUUAACGUUGUUCCGUUAGCUCAGGGCCUCUGCCCUGCCCAGGUGCUCUGAGCACCUCCUGCGCCUGGACAACACGCCCAACACGCCCAGCACGUCCACAGAGGCUGAGAGGGCGGCCCCACAUCAAAUUAAUUAAUCUUUACGACGCGUUUUCUUUCAAGCGCCCCGCCAAGCAUCAAACUAAGAGCUGAAUGAAAUGGGAAUCGGUACCUACAACUUUGUAACUAUAUGCCCAUGUUAUUUCUAAUAAGUAUCGAUGAAAUCUAUCGUAGGUUUGUUGUACCGACGGAUCAGCAUAUAGUACCUAGAUAUGUCGACGUCCCGGAAUCGGGAUAUCAGAGGCUUCUUCGGCAAAGCUGCCGGCCGCAGUAAUGAUCCUCAAUCCCAGUCGGCCUCGUCUUCAGAACCGGUCCGGGAUCCGCAGCUCUCAUUUUCAUCCCCUACAACACCACGGAAACCCACUCCGAAGCUGCGUGAUCGGACCGAUGAAAUUAAAGGGUCCGACGAUGAAGACGGUGACUCGGACGACUCAUUAGAGUCGAUAUCCGCGUUCAUCCAACGGAAAAAUGGUCCCUCUCCUUACCAGAGAGACUCAAAUCUAACAUCCACACCAAGGGCAAAGAGGAUAGCUUCCAACUCAUCUUCUCUGCUCAAGUCGCCUUUGACACUACAGCCUAAGCACAAAUUUGACUUGAAGUCGUUAAUCAACCAUGCUCGGCAGUCUGAUAGGGCAGAUGAGAGUGCGAGGAGGGCGGAUGAGCUCAUCAACCAGAGCGAAGAUGAUGACGACAAUGAUCAGAUUUUAACAGACGUACAAAAUGACCCAACGCUGUUACAAAAGACGGCUAAAGAACUUCUAAAGGACGAUGAGGAGGAUACCAAAGGUGAUAAGCUGAUGAGGGCUAUGAACCGCACCAAAAUCGAUGCGUCCCGUAGACUAUGUUACUUCUUUAGUCUUGAGCCGCCCUUAUUCAAGCCUCCUAGAAGUCCGUUCCCAGAAAAGGGGGCAAAGGGGUGUUGGCGAUGUCUUGCUAACUCGCGCACACGGGAUCAAGCCGUAAUACUCGGCUUACCGCAUGCCAUCGCUUCCAAAGGCAAGGCACUUCCAGAUGAGCUGUUCCUAUGGAUCCUAGACGAAGUCUGUGCCGAGAGAAACGUUCAGCUGCGUAUACAAUACUGCAAUCUAGUAACACUAUGUCCUGAUAGCAUCGCACGCCUCGUCACUGAGAAACGAUUAUACUCCAUGCUGGAGAGGAUGGACGGACCUAAAUCCCCUCAAAGCCAAAAUAUCACUAAGCUUGAGAGUUUCCCCAGAGUAGAAGAUCCGUACCCUGGAAGAGAUUGGUCGGGGCUGGUGACUUUCCUCGAACUCUUGAAGCGCAUGGCCCCGAACUUAAAGUCGCAGAACGCGAUAGGGGCUAUUAAACUACUGGUGCGGAUGGGACUUGACCCUCUCGUGAGCACGACAGUUCGCUCCGAACACUCCGCGGCAAUGGAAGCUCUUGUCACAAGAUUAUCGAAGUGGGAUGCAUCACAAUGGGACGAAGUCUGCGAGACAAUAUCUUCCUACCUCUACCAAAGUGUAGACGACCCUAUGCAUCAGGUCGUUCCUAUCAGCUAUAUGCCCAAGACAACCGCCAAGCUCCUCGACCUACGUCGACGCAUGGCCGCCGUAAUGCUGUUUCGGGACACGGCUCUGAGCAGCAGACCUGUUGACGAAAGUUUAACUCUAGCCAAGGUCAUGGAUCGACUCGACUCAGACGAUUUCCGUGUCAGGCCAACCACCGACUUCGAGAGCCUGCGUGCGCUAGUAGCACUUCUGGACAUCGCCAUCGGCGACGCGGGCUUUAUCAUGCAGCAGCACUCGGGAAACAACGAAGGGGAGGAGGACGCGGCUCGCAAAUUCGACAAGGACAUCGACGCGCUGACCUUCCGGCUCAAAGUGGUGCACGAUAAGAUCCACGACAGCACCCUGCUCUCCCGCAAGGUCACCAAGGCGUCCAUCGACCUGGUCGCUAAGCGGUUGACGUACGCGGUGCGCACGCGGCCGCCGCCCAAGACCAGCAUCUUCGACCCGGAGCCCAGGGAAGACGCUAAUAUACCUAAGCAGCGAGCGUUUAUGAAGAACUGGGCGCAGAAGAAGGCCGAGCGUAAUAAUACCGCCGCUACCGCCGCUAACUAGGUUAGGUAGGUGCCUACCUAGGUACCUACCUAACCUACCUACCUAAGUUAAUAGGAAAGUGGGAAAAAUAGAAGGAUAAUACGAUACGAACGUUGUGUAAGAGAGUACCUAACCUACCAGGUAGUUAAUUGAUAAUAUGGUGAGCUAAAAAUGGUGUGUUGUUUUUGUUGUUGUUUUUUUAUUGAUGCGGACUUUCCUGCAAACGCCCUUUUAAGAUAUACAGCAAGCAAGCAGCCCCUUUCUAGUGAGCACCAACAAACAAAUAAUCAACACGGGGAUUCUAGAUUUCCGUGCCCCCCAAAAAUGUGACUGACUGACUUGACUUGACUUGACUAUCCCUUUACAAGAGACCCUUUAAAAAAACGGGGGAGAACAAGCGUGACGCUGUUUAAGCAUACAUAUGUAAUCUCCUUCCUUUCUUAUCUAUUCUUCUUCCUUCUCUGAUUCU